AUGAGCAAAGAGCCAACGACCAAUGGUUCGACAAAUGAAGAGGAGGAUAUUUGGGGACAGAUACUGAAGGAGUCAUCAAACAAGGCGAACUACUUUGAGACAAAGAAUGUCAUUAUGUUGGGCGAUCCAAACUCUGGUGGCACGUCAUUGUUGGCAAAGUUCCAACCAGUGUCUGAUGUGGAGCAGUUGCGUGGCAUUGCACUGAGCUAUACGUUCUGUGAUGUGUAUGAGGAGGAGAACAGCGAGGAGCCUAUUGGACGAACCAACUUUUGGACUCUAGAGGGAGAGACUGCGCAUCAUGACCUGCUCAAGUUUGCUCUCACACCAGACAACAUUGCACACUCAAUGAUCGUCAUCACACUGGACUUUUCACAGCCAUGGAACAUCGUCGACUCACUCAAGAAAUGGCUGGGCAUUGUAGAGUCACAUAUAAAGUCGAUAGGAUCGUCACAGAAGCAACUUAUGAAGGGACUGGACGACAAGCUGAUGAUCAAGUGGCAUCAGUAUGUUGAGCCUCCACAGAACAGUGCGGCUGCACCACUGACGAACGCACAGAAGAAGAAGAAGAGAAAGGUUGUGCACGCACCCAUCGAAGACAUCAGCGUACUUCCACCACUAGGCGAGGAUAUACUCAGCCACAACCUUGGCGUACCAGUACUGGUCGUUUGCUGCAAGAGUGACUCUGUUGUAAUGUUAGAAAAGGAUUUCGAUUAUAAGGACGACCUGUUUGAUUAUAUCCAACAAUACCUCAGAAGGAUAUGUAUAAGGUAUGGAGCAGGACUGAUUUAUACAUCAGCCAGGAAGGACAUAAACUGUGAUGUAGCAUUAGAGUAUAUAGAGAAUAUGUUGUUUGGAUACGAGCUAAAGUCACGUACACAACUCUUGGAGAAGGACCAGCUCUUUGUCCCAGCAGGUUGGGACUCACUGGCCAAGAUCACCAUGGACUUUGAGAACCAAAAGGUGUGCAAAGACGUCGAGGAGCUCUACGAGAAUGUUGUAAAAAAGCCAAGUAUUAUAAAGCGAAGAGAGAUGAACCAGAAUGCCAACGUGAUCGCAGACGAUGACCAGGAAUUCCUGGCAAAGAUAAAGAAUAAUGUAGAGAAUGAACCAUCUGAGCCAUCGAAGGACACUGCCAACAAUGCGGGCAACAGCAGCAAUAGUAUGGUUGGAGAGCAGAAGGUGGUUGAGUCAGGCUCAUCCAGUCCUCUGAGGAACAGUGGAAGCACGACACCACCAAGCAGCACACCACCAGCCGAGAAGGCAGUGUUGGCAAACUUCUUCACGAGCUUGAUCUCCAAGGACAGGACGAGCAAAGGACCCGGAGGUGCCAAGGACCUCAAGGCAUCCCUCACAGCACCACUGCCAGCCUCAUCCAACUCUGUCAGACAGGAUGCGCAGAAGCAGCUCGAGAAGAUGCAACAGCAACAGCAGCAGAAGAAGUGA